UGACAGGAUAAUUCAAUAUGGUAUUAUGGAUGAUACUGAUACAUCUGUGAGUGAAAACUCAUGGACUGUAGAGCUGCUAUCAAUCCUUCUUAAAACACUUUGCUCAAAGGCCCGCAUGGCAAAUCAAAAAAUGGAAGGAGAUGUAAGUGUGAACCUCAAGAUUGAAUUUGAGUGGGCUAUAGAGGAUCGACCUGGCCACAAGGUCGACUAUGAUCUGAUGUGGUGUGAUGAAAACAAAAGGGAGUGGGAACUUGCCAUACCUCUUCCUUAA